AUGAAGUUUUAUGCUGUUAGAAAAGGAAGGAAAACGGGGAUUUUUAGGGAAUGGGAGGAUUGUGAAGCAAGUGUAAAAGGAUUUUCGGGGGCGAGAUAUAAAAAAUUUGCUACAGAAGAGGAAGCAAAUAGAUUUUUGAAUGCUGGACCUAUUGUGAUUGCAGAUAGCAAUUCAGAAAGAAGUUCUGGAGAUGAAAAAGAAAAGGUUUCAAAGAAGACUUAUCAAUUGCCUUUGAAAAAUUUUCAAGAAAUAGCUCAAAACAACCAAAAUUAUGGAUCAACAUACUGAACACAGAAUUCUGUCAAAAAUCGGCCUAAAAAGAAAUUUAUUGAAGAAAAACCGCCUGCAAAGCCUAAAAUAGAGACAUGCUAUUCUUUAUAUUUUGAUGGCGGCUCAAGAGGAAAUCCUGGCCUUUCAGGGUCAGGCUUUGUAAUAAAAUCGCCAAGCGGUGAUAUUAUUGACCAAGGCUGUGUAUUCAAUGGCAUAAAAACAAACAAUGAAGCUGAAUAUAUUGGUUUAAAUCUAGGUUUAGAGCGAGCUCUUCAAUUAGGAAUUGAUUGCAUAAACAUCUAUGGCGAUUCAGAGCUCGUAAUAAACCAAAUAGAUGGUAAAUAUCGAUGCAAAAAUCAUACACUUCAAGUUCAGUUCGAUAAAGCAAUAAACUACCUUCGAAAUUUCAAGUCAUUUAAUCCUUAUUCAAUUCCCCAUCACCUCAAUACAGAAGCUGACCAGUUGGCUAACUUAGCAAUGGACACUCAAUCAGAUAAUAAUUAA